UCUUAUUUCUUCCCUCCCCAUCCUUUCUUUUCCUCUCCCCCUGCGCGUCUCCUUCCUCUCCCCUACGCGUCUCCUUCCUCUCUCCUGCGCAUCUACUUCCCCUAUCCAAUUUCUUCUUCUUUCCCUUCGCACAUGAAGGGCCAAAUCUUCAAAGCCUUCCGCCAUUGACGCGAAGCCCGCCUCCUCUGCCCAGUCGAAGUCCGUCGCCGCCGCCGCCGCCGGAGAUCUUCUUCUCUUCGAAGGUAAGGUUCUCUUCUUUUGAUUUUUCUCCUUGUCCUUCCUCCCCUCUUCUCUAGUCUUCUCCUCCCUCUUCUAUUUCGUUGCAUAUGCUCCAUUUCUUCAUGAUUGGUAAAAAAUGCCAAGUUCAACUCUAAAAAUGCCAUCAAAAUGGCAUUCUUAUUCUACAAACUUUUCUAUUUUUUUCUUUGAAAAUGCCAUUAAAAUAGCAUUCUAGAUUCAUGUUGGCAUUUUGAUAAAAACUUUGGCAUUCGUUUAGGCAACGGCCAGAUCUGUAAUGAUACAGGCCAGAUUUGAGUGGAAGAUGGCGGAUCUGCUACAAAAGUGGCCGGAUCUACAAAAAUAGCGGCUCGACGCCGGCGGAACAACAGCGCCGCCAGAUCUAUGGCGGUGGCGGCGGCGGUCAGAUCUGUAGCAGAGGCCGGUUUGACGUGGCAGCGGCGACCGGCGGAUACCGGCGACUGGAGGUGGCCCGACACUCUGGUCGGCAGUAGUGAUUUCCCAGCUUUAAGGGUGUUUUUGUCCUGUUACAUAUAAUAACUCCUAUUUAGGGAAUUUUUUAUAAUGAGUCCGUGAUGUACUCCUAAUUUACCAUAUUUACGAUCUUGUUUUGUCACACUUUUAAUACUUUAUUUCUCAUUUUUAAAUAAAAAGGAUUGAUCUUUAUCAUCUUGGACAUUUUAAGGUAUUGCACUUGUUUUGGUAUAUUUUUGAGUUUCAGGAUAAUUCGGAACGUAUAUUAAUUUCUGAAAAGAAAUAAAUAUUACUCCCGAGUGAAGACGGAAAAAUCAUCAAAGUGAAGCGAGUCCUUACUUUAUCUCCGAAAUAUUUAUACAGAGACCCGAAGUUCAUUUCAGAAUAAAUCAGACUGUCCACAAUAAAAUGUACCGGUUAACUGUUUGACCAGUUAACUGAUCAAACAGCUAACCGGCCAAAUAAAGAAGUGGCCAACAAAGAGCCAAGCUGACAACAUUAGUCACUCCAUUAUUGUGAAUAAGGCUCCACCGUAGAAGAAAUCUCAAGAAGAAAACAAAUUGAGAUCAAAUAAUUGUAUUGCAUCCACUUGGAACCAAAGCUGUCUUCAUCAUCUUUCAUUAGCCGAACAGAGGAGCACAGCGGCCGACGAAGAAAAAUGCACAACAGAACAGUGGCCGGUGCUAUUUGCAGGAAGAAAAAUGAGAAAUUGGCAAUCACAUCUAGUGAAGAUUGAAAUCAAUGGCCGUCCAAAUUAAAUGAUCUUUAUCUUCAUUCGGAGAUAUUUAUGAGCUACACCCUUCUUUUGCUACUAUAUAAAGGGGUUAUUCAGGAGCUUCAAAGAACACACCAAUUCGGAGAGAAAUCUCCCUCUUCUUUCUUUAGCUUUGUUCAUAGUAGUAGCAAUAAAAUAAAAGUGAUUCUUUCAAGAACACUUUCUGUAAAAAUUUAGUUUGUAAUUUCCAUUCCAGAAUUUCAGUUAUAUAUAUUCAACAAUAAAGUUCAUUUGGAGAUAUCAGUUCGAAGUUAAUCAGUUCCAGCUUAAUUUGAGGAUUUCAAUCUUUUCUGUUCCAGCUCUUCUAUGUUCUUGAAUAUUUAUGCCUUCAGAAGCAGUUACAAAGGAAGUGAACUUGGAGACCAACGGCACCCACUUCAACGAAUUUUCGGAUAAUAAAUUGUAGGAGAUGAUGAUAGUCGUUCGUUUCAGGUCCCGAUGAUGGUGAUUCUGGCCGUCGAUAUAAUGUGUCGCCGACGAGCUCCGACUCUCAGUUUGUGUUCACGUUUUCUCUUUAAGAUCAUGAGCUCAAAUGAUAGAUCGUGGAUGUAUCAAAGAAAGCUCGUAGACGGUCAACCUAAUCUUGCAUAUAUUGCGGGUGUCCAAUUUUUCAUUGAGUUUUCUUGUAAUCAUCCUGAUGAAAGUAUGAAUGACUCGAAAUUAAAGUGUCCUUGUGCAAAAUGCAAGCACUUCAAAUAUUUAGCGGUUGAUACCGUCACAAGUCACUUGUUAAGACAUGGGUUCACCCCUGGGUACUAUGAAUGGGAUAAACACGGGGAACCCUAUAAUGUAAUUAACAAUUAUGAUCAAGAUAACACAUAUGUGGCUUCACAUAUGGAAGUAGAUGAAACACAACCUAUUAGACAGAUGGUUUUUGAUGCUGCUGGACCAAGUUUUCAUCCAACCUCAUUUGAAAAUCAAAAUAUUGAAGAAGAUCCAAAUCCAGAAUCGAAAAAGUUCUUUGAUAUGUUGAAUGCAGCAGAAGAAGAGUUGUGGCCUGGUUGCGAGACGCAUUCCCAACUAUCUUUUAUGUCCCGGUUAUUAAGUCUUAAGUCUGAAAAUAAUUGGUCCGAUAAGAGCUUUGAUCAACUACUUCCGUUGAUUAAAGAGGGGCAACCUGAAGGUAGCAAAGUGCCUACUAGCUUCUAUGAAACAAAGAAACUAGUUAGGGGUCUUGGGUUACCUGUAGAAAAAAUUGAUUGCUGCAACAUGGGAUGCAUGUUAUUUUGGGGCAAACACAAAGAUUUGCUGAAAUGCAAAUUGUGUGGUCACCAAAGAUAUAAAAGUGGAAAGAAUAGUACAAAACUCACUCCUUACAAGAGAAUGUACUACUUUCCAUUAGCUGCAAGACUUCAAAGGUUAUAUGCUUCUAAAGUGACAGCAAGUGAAAUGCGUUGGCAUCAUAAACACACUUGUGUAGAUGGGAACAUGUGCCAUCCUGCGGAUUCAAAGGCAUGGAAACAAUUUGAUGUGACACAUCCUUCUUUUGCUCUUGAACCUCGUAAUGUAAGGCUAGGAUUGUGUACAGAUGGUUUCCAGCCUUUUGGUCAGUUUGGUAAAAAAUAUUCAUCUUGGCCUAUAAUUGUGACUGCUUAUAAUUUACCUCCAUGGAUGUGCAUGAAGGACCCCUAUAUGUUUUUAACUGUGAUAGUACCUGGUCCAAGCAAUCCUAAACAUAAGCUAGACAUUUUUCUCCAGCCACUUAUACAAGAACUAAAAAUGUUAUGGGAGACAGGUGUUGCUACGUAUGAUGUGUCACUUCGAAAUAAUUUUCAAAUGCGGGCAGCAUUGAUGUGGACUAUAAGUGAUUUUCCUGCGUAUUCCAUGUUAUCCGGAUGGACUACGGCAGGAUUGAAGGCGUGCCCAUAUUGUAUGGAAAAUUCACAAGCUUUCUCACUUGGAAGUGGUGGAAAGACAUCUUGGUUUGACAAUCAUAGGCAGUUUUUGGAUAAAAAUCACCCGUACAGAAAAAACAAAAUCAAAUUUAAAAAGAAUCGGGUUGAAAAUACUUCACCGCCUCCAAUUAGAACUGGUGAAGAUAUUCUUCAAAUGUUUGAGGAAUUUGGGUUGUUAAAAGUCACUGAGCAUGAUGCAGAGGAAGUGAAUGGUCCAACUGCUAAAAUAUGGGGAUGGAAUAAGCGCAGUGUAUUUUGGGAUUUGCCUUAUUGGAAAACAAAUCUGAUUAGGCACAAUCUUGAUGUCAUGCAUGUAGAAAAGAAUGUCUUUGAAAAUAUUUUCAAUACGGUGAUGGAUAUAGAAGGCAAAACAAAGGACAAUGCAAAAUCAAGAGAGGACAUAAAAAGCAUAUGCAACCGAAAAGAAUUAGAACAAAAACCUGAUGGCAAGUAUCCUAAGGCUUGUUAUGCAUUGGAUAAAUCUCAAAGAGAAGUGGUUAUAGAUUGGGUUCAGAAUCUAAAAUUUCCUAAUGGAUAUGUCUCCAACUUAAGUAGGUGUCUUGAUAUGAAAAAAUAUAAGAUGUUUGGAAUGAAGAGCCAUGACUGCCAUAUUUUCAUGCAAAGACUAAUUCCUAUUGCUUUUCGAGAACUUUUACCGCCGCAGGUUUGGGAAGCGCUUACAGAGUUGAGCUUGUUUUUAAAGCUCUUAACUGCAACAGAGAUUACACUUGCAGAUAUGGAUAUAUUAGAACGAGAAAUUCCUAUUAUUCUUUGCAAAUUAGAGAGCAUUUUUCCUCCAAGUUUGUUUGACUCAAUGGAACACCUACCUGUGCAUUUACCUUACGAGGCCAAAAUUGCUGGGCCUGUUCAGUUUCGAUGGAUGUAUCCAUUUGAGAGAUUUCUUCGGCGAUUGAAGAAACAUGUAAAAAAUAAAGCUAGGGUUGAAGGGUCUAUUUGUAAUGCAUAUUUGGUUGAAGAAGCUGCUACUUUUUGUUCACACUAUUUUGAGCCUCAUAUUCAAACACGUGCUCGUAAAGUACCUCGUAAUGAUGAUGGAGGGGAUAUUGAGAAAGUUGAAGGGUCUUUGAAUAUUUUUUCACAUCCCGGUCGUGCUUAUGGCAAAGUAAAGAGAAGGAUGUUAACACUCCAAGAGAAAUCUGCUGCACAAUCAUAUAUUUUACUAAAUUGUGAGGAGGCUGGAGAGUAUAUCAGGAUGUUUGAGGAACAUUUGAAAGAGAUGUCACCAGACGAAUUGAGCGAUGUACAAAUCAACAAAGACUUAGAGAAACACUUUGCUUCAUGGUUUUAUGAAUAUGAGUGUAAAAAUCACAUUGGGAACAACUUCAUUCGUUGUUUGGCUCAAGGUCCAUUGAUACAUAUAAAACUGUAUCCAGUGUACUUCAUCAAUGGUUUUAGGUACCACACAGAGGCACAUAGUACUGGAAAGUCAACGAUGAAUAGUGGUGUUUGUGUAAGUGGGUCAUCUUGUGACUACUUCGGAAUAUUACAAGAGAUCAUCGAAUUGGAAUAUCCAGAAUCACCCAUGAAAAAGACUGUAUUGUUCAAGUGUGAGUGGUUUGAUCCAACACCAAAUAUUGGCACUAAGGUUCAUAAGAAGUACAAUCUGGUUGAGAUUAACUACAAAAGAAGACUUCAGAAAUAUGAACCUUUUGUCCUUGCAAUGCAAGCAUCUCAAGUUUGUUAUGUGUCAUAUCCCAGUUUGAGACGUGAUAAGUGUGAUUGGUUGGCAGUGUUGAGAGUUAAAGCUAGAGGGGUAAUGAAUGUGAAUCUUCCAAAGGAAACAGAUGGAAUUGAAAGAGAGGAUAUUGCAUAUCAAGUGAACCAAGAACAAAUUGAAGAGUUUCAUAUAAGUGACAAUGAGGACGAUUUUGCUCUUAAUGACUCAAAUGCAGAAGAUGUUGAUUUGGAAAUCACUGAUGAUGAAAGUCCAGAGACAAAUGAGGAAAACCAAUAUGAUGAACCGGAAUAUGAAACAACUGAAGAUCUAGGAGAUGAUGAACUUGAUGAUGAUUAUGAUGAUGAUAGCAAUUAGCAUAUAUUAUUGUAUUUUAUAGACGUGUUUUUUUAAACGUUGUAAUUUGCAUUAUGAUGACAUGUUUGUUGCUUGAUUAUGAAUUGCAUUUUACAUUUUUUGGUUUUCUAAAUUUGUAAUUUUAGGUAAUUUGUAUUAAUUAAUUACUUAUAUCAUGUGAUUCUAAUUUUUAUUUGAUGUAGGUAUGCCUCCAACAAAAAGAACUAUUAAGAGUUCACUCUUAAAAGCUAGGAUGAUAUCACUGGAGCAGCCCAAUGAAGAAACUGACAGUGAAGUUAGCUCUCCAGAUGAUGAAGUGGAAGACCAUUAUAAUGAGUUUGAUGAUAAAGAAAUGGAGGAUCAACAUGAUGAACGUACUGAUGAGCGUACUAAUGAGCAGAGUGAAGAACUGUUUGAUGACGAAAUGGAAGAACAGCCUACAUUGCUUAUACAAGAGCCAUUUGAACAUCCUCCUUUGCAACCUUGUGGCAAGCCAAAGAAAUUUGUCAAAGUUGUGGGGAAAAAAUUAAUUCCAUCGAAUCCAGUCUCUCGUAACCUGCGCACAAGUCUGAAAACGCGCUUAGAUCCUGAAGGUCAUACCUGGAAAACGGUCACAAAAAGGACCAAAGUAUUUUAUUGGAAAGAGUUUGAGAAGCACUUCUACUGGACUCUAGCUGUCAACGAUAUGGUACAUAAGCUUUGGCUCCAAAAUAGUGCUAGAAGAUAUAGUGACUUUUUAGGGGAGGCAAAGAGUGAAGAAACAAAAAAAGGAAAAACAUAUGCUUAUAUAAAAUCUAAUGUGUGGGUUAAGUGGAAGCAAGCUUGGAAUGCACCAAACGCUAAGAAGAAAUCUGAGAUCAACAAGAAAAACCGUAAAGGGUCUUCCGGUGUUGGUGUUUGUACUCACACAGGGGGUUCUCUUUCUCAUCAGGAAAUUGCAGAAAAAUUAGAGAAAGAAUUAAACAGGAAGCCCAAUGUCCUUGAUCUAUUUUUAUAUACUCAUACAAAGAAGCAUGAUCGAGUCACCUUCAUUGAUGAGCGCUCCCGUAAAGUUUACGAAGCAUUUCAAGCAAAAGCAGAAGCAUUAAAGCGGGAAACCCAAAUUGAAGAACUUACUGAAGAGAAGAUCAAUAAAAUCUACUAUGAGGUUGUUGGUGGUCAUAUACGUGCUAGAGUAUAUGGAACAGGAUCUGGAGAAUCUUUGUUUUAUGGUAAUGAUGAUGGCGGGGCAGCAUCCACUACAACAUCAUUAGAUCCGUCAUCUGCUGAAGUUCAUUCUCAAGUUCAGAAAUUGUUUGAGCAAGAAGCUGAACAAUUACGUAAAGUGGUGCGUGAAGAAAUGCGUGAACAAAUGAAACUUGAGAUGCGUGAAGAGAUGCGUGAACAAAUGCAACUUGAGAUGCGUGAAGAGGUUCAACGCCAGGUUCGGGAGUUCUUUAAAUCAUCAUCACAACCAGCCCCAAGCAAUUAAGAUCGAGGAUAACAUUGAUGGUCACAUAUCAUUUAGUCCACUAGAGCUUUAGUUGUGCUAUCUAGAAUCACUAAUGAUGUUUUGUAAUGUAUGAUACUUAUCAUUUUGGUACUCCUAUUCUAAUUUGAUACUCAUUACUAUUUUAUUUUGCACUUCC